AGUCAGAGGGAAAAAGGAGCGAGAGGAUAACGGGAACGGGGUCCGUUUGGAUAUUAAAACCAAGCGGAGGAAAAUACUCCGGAGCGCGGGGCUCAUACGCUUAAAAAAGAGGCCAGCUGGGAUCAUCUGCCUCCACUUCUUGGCAUCUGUAAGAAUGCAGAUGGGGAAGUAGCCGGUGGAGUGCUGAAAUGAAAGAAGAGAGACAGGGAUGAAGAUGCUCUCCUCUUCCCUCUCGGAUCUCCUGAUUCAUCCCAUUAUUAGCUGCAUUUAAAGUUCAUCUGGUGCUUUUUUUUUUCCAAGACCAGACUGCUGUGAAGAAGUUGCAUCUUUUCAUUACCUCUUGAUCGUCUCUUGGCAGAACACCAGCACUCGGCUACCACUUUUUUUUACAGAGAAGAAGUAACACUCACGCUAGUAAAAUCAUGGCAAACAUGUGCCCAUAUGGCCGAUUCACCCACGCUGUGGUGCGGGGCAUCCCAGAGACCUUUGGGAAAGCAGUGGGAGACGGUGGUAAGAACGGGGACGUCUCAGUGGACCUGGCCAAGGCUCAGCGUCAGUUUGGUUGCCUGACAGGAGCCCUGAGGCAGAAGGUCGGCCUGCAGCUGAUCGAGAUCCCCCCUGACCCUGAGCUGCCAGAAAGCUGGAGGAUAGACGAUGUGGCAGUCAUCCAGGGAGACACAGCACUCAUCACCAGGCCUUUCAAGCAGCAGAGACGCAGUGAGGCAGAGGCAGUGCGGAGGGUGAUGUCAGAGCUAAACCUGACGGUGGUGGAGAUGGGGGCUGAGGAGGGGGACUCUGGAGGGGCCACGCUGGAGGGCAGCGACGUCCUCUUCACGGGAAGAGAGUUCUUCGUCGGCAUCUCCUCCCACACUAACCGCAGAGGAGCCGAGGUGCUGGCAGACACUUUCAGGGACUUUGCUGUGUCCACUGUCCCGGUCUGCGGUGGAGCCCGGCUGAAAAACAUCUGCUCCAUGGGAGGUCCAGACACGAUCAUCAUCGGCAACAGUGACGGGGCCAAGAAGACACUCCGGAUGAUGGAACAGCUGACUGAUCACCACUAUGAAGUGCUGACUGUCCCGGAAGACUCGGCGGCCAACUGCAUCUACAUAAAAGGCCCGUCCAAACGAGACUUCCUGCUCCACCGGCCUGCAGAGGAAUGUCCUGACAGCGUCUCUGCCUUCCAGAAGCUACAGGACUACACCCUUCUGCCUACAGCCAGCAGCGAGGCCUCUAAACUGGGAGCGUCUCUGUCCUCGCUCUGCCUCCUCAUCAAUAGAAAGCACACAUAUUUCUGAAAAAAAAACACCCCUCAAUGUUACACGGCAUUAACCUACAUAUGAUCACGGUUGGGUGGAGGGGUGUCCACGUCACUAAAACAUUGUACAGAUGGCUAA